AAUAUUUACUCUUGUGAACACCUCGUAUUUUCGAACAUUUGAUGAACGUUUUGGUUGAGUUUUUUUUUGUUUGUUAAUUAAUAUUAUUACACAGUUAAUUUUCAUUUGUACAACAAUAGAGAAUAAAAAAAAAUUCAGUAAGGUCACAAACACUUAUUGGAGCCUGAGAAGGGAACACGUUCCAUCUUUUCUUUGUGUUUAAGAGAAGCAUUUAUUACUUUCAUAAAAGUUUUUUUUUUGGAUAAUUUUAAAAACUUUUCAAGAAAAAAUGAAUAGUGGAAAAAUUGCUUUGUUAAGUGUCUCCGAUAAAACAAAUCUUUUGCCAUUUAGCAAAAAAUUACAUGAAUUAGGAUUGACAUUAGUGGCAUCAGGUGGUACGGCAAAAUCAUUAAGAGAUGCCGGUCUUCCAGUUAAAGAUGUUUCCGAUAUUACAGGAGCGCCUGAAAUGCUUGGAGGACGUGUAAAAACACUUCAUCCUGCCGUUCAUGCUGGAAUCUUGGCAAGAUUGACAGAUUCAGAUCAAAAGGACUUACGAAAUCAAAAUUAUGAUCUGAUUCGUGUUGUUGUUUGUAACUUGUAUCCAUUUGUGAAAACAACAUUGAAACCAGAUGUGACGCUAGAAGAUGCAGUCGAAAACAUUGAUAUUGGAGGCGUUACAUUAUUAAGAGCUGCAGCCAAGAAUCAUUCAAGGGUGACUGUUAUCUGUGACCCAAACGAUUAUGAUAAAAUAAUCAAUGAAUUACAAAACUCUACUGACAAAGAUACCAAGCCUGAGACAAGACAAACAUUAGCACUGAAGGCAUUCACUCACACUGCCGAGUAUGAUAAUGCAAUUUCUGAUUAUUUUCGAAAACAAUAUAGCGCUGGUGUUUCACAAAUGACACUUAGAUAUGGAAUGAAUCCACAUCAAAAACCUGCUCAAAUUUUUACUGCUUUGGAAAAAUUACCAUUGACUGUUGUUAAUGGUUCACCGGGAUUUAUAAAUCUUUGUGAUGCAUUGAAUGGUUAUCAACUUGUUAAAGAAUUAAAGGCAGCUCUUAAUUUACCAGCUGCAACUUCAUUUAAACAUGUGAGUCCAGCUGGUGCCGCUGUUGGUGUUCCUUUAGAUGAUGCCAAUGCUAAAUUAUGUCAAGUUGACGAUAUUGUUAAUCAAUUAACUCCAUUGGCGACAGCUUACGCUCGAGCUAGAGGCGCUGAUAGAAUGUCAAGUUUCGGUGAUUUUGUUGCUUUAUCCGAUCCUUGCGAUACACCAACAGCAAAAAUCAUCUCAAGAGAAGUAUCAGAUGGUAUUAUUGCCCCUGGAUAUUCGGAGGAAGCACUUGAAAUUUUGAAAAAGAAAAAAAAUGGUGGCUAUUGUAUUUUGAAAAUUGAUCCAAAUUAUGAACCCGCUCCAAUGGAGCGUAAAGUUCUUUAUGGAUUGACUUUGGAACAAAUGCGUAAUGAUGCUGUUAUUGAUAGAAAUACAUUUGGCAAUUUAGUUACCAAGACUAAUAGUUUGUCUGAUUCUGCAAUUAGAGAUUUAAUUGUGGCAACAAUUGCUGUCAAGUAUACACAAAGUAAUUCUGUAUGUUAUGCAAAAGAUGGUCAAGUUGUUGGAAUUGGAGCUGGUCAACAAUCACGUAUUCAUUGCACAAGACUUGCUGGCGAUAAGGCUGAUAACUGGUGGUUACGUCAACAUCCAAAAGUGACUGGCAUGAAAUUUAAAAAAGGUGUUAAACGAGCGGAAAUUUCAAAUGCAAUUGAUAAUUAUGUUAAUGGAACUGUUGGAAAGGAUAUGGAUGAAAAAAUUUGGGCCUCAAUGUACGAAAUUGUGCCCGAGAAAUUAACUGAGGAAGAUAAAGUUGAAUGGAUAAAGAAAUUGAAUAACGUCGCUUUAAGCAGUGAUGCUUUCUUCCCAUUCAGAGAUAACGUUGAUAGAGCACGUUUGAGCGGAGUUGGAUUUAUAGCAAGUCCUGCAGGAUCGACAAAUGAUGAAGCAGUGAUAGCCGCUUGUAAUGAACACAAUAUCACUUUGGCUCAUACCAAUGUCAGAUUAUUCCAUCAUUGAAUGAUUAAAAAAAAAAAAAUGUUAUUUACAUGUUACAUACAACUGGGUCCAAAUAUAUUUUUCUAUUACAAUUUUUAUGAGAUUCCGAUCAAAGACUGAAACUCUGUUAAGGACCAAUGUUAAAUUUUAUAAUAUUAAUUUUACAAACACACACAACUGUAAAUGUUUCAUUUGUUACAAAUAAAUUACAUCCAGUUAUUAAAUGAAAAAAAAA